AAAAUUAUGUUCUUGGUUUUUAAAAUUUAAGCUUACAAGUUUGGUUCAAAAAUUUCAUCUUUAAUUUCUUUCCUUAUAAAGAUCAAACUUUGUGUUAUUUCUUGAUGAUUUGAGCUUAAAUUUGAAAAUGGGUAUUAACUAAAAUCAUAAAAAUAAAUUUUUUAGAAGGGUUUAAGCAAAAAAAUGGAAGCAAGAGAAACAGUAAGUAAUAGUGGUGGUGUUACAGUGGUGGGAUCCGAUGCUCCGUCGAGCUACCAAAUAGCUCCAAGGGCCACCGACAACCUUAACUCAAUCCCCGGAUCCACCCCUCCUCCACCGCAUGCGGUGGCUGUUCCGCCGCCGUCCACGGUGGCUCCGGCGGUCUAUCCGAUGAUGACUUUGAAGAAGAAGAGAGGGAGGCCAAGAAAGUAUGGCCCGGACGGCUCAGUCACAAAGGCACUAUCUCCGAAGCCGAUAUCGACGGCGGCUCCUGCACUGCCGCCGGUGAUUGAUUUUUCAGCUGAGAAGCAUAGGAAGAUAAAGCCGGUGAGCAAGACAAAGUUUGAAGUGGAGAAUUUAGGUGAAUGGGUUGCAUGUUCUGUUGGUGCUAAUUUUACACCUCAUAUUAUUACUGUUAAUGCAGGCGAGGAUGUUACAAUGAAGAUUAUAUCAUUUUCUCAACAAGGACCUCGAGCUAUAUGCAUUCUCUCUGCAAAUGGAGUGAUCUCAAGUGUUACACUCCGGCAGCCUGAUUCCUCUGGGGGCACAUUAACAUAUGAGGGUCGCUUCGAGAUACUGUCUUUAUCUGGUUCAUUUAUGCCCACAGAGAGUGGAGGAACAAGAAGCAGAUCCGGUGGAAUGAGUGUUUCGUUAGCAAGUCCGGAUGGACGUGUAGUAGGUGGUGGAGUUGCAGGUCUGUUGGUAGCUGCGAGUCCUGUGCAGGUUGUUGUAGGCAGUUUUCUGUCCGGAAACCAGCAUGAGCAGAAACCAAAGAAGCCGAAGCCCGACAACAUAACUAUCACAACAACAACUGCAGCAAUGGCAAUUCCUAUGUCUAGCUCCGAUCCAAAAUCCAACCUCCCACAGUCAACAUUUCGCGGAGAUAGCUGGUCAGCAAUAGCAACAGAUACAAGAAAUAAGCCAACCGACAUCAACGUGUCUCUGCCAGCAAGUUAACUAGGUUCUCCUCAGUUGGUGCGCUGCAAGGUUUGUCGCUGACAAUGACAGAAUUCUCUCGUCGAAGCUCACCUCAUAAGUUGCCAGUAAAACUUAUUGAAUAUCUUAUUAUUGUUGUAAUGUUUAUUUUACCCCAUUUCGGUUCGGGUAGAAUUUUUUAGAUAGUUAGCUGAUUAGGUAGGCUGUUGCUGCUGUUGUUGUGUUGUCUUGUAGAAUAGUAUUUGAUGUAAUUUUCAAAUCUAGAGCUGCCUUUCUUCGAAUUGGUGAAUUUGUGUCUGAAAAUUGUUGUUGUUACUAAUCCUUAAGUGCACUAUUUCUGUUAUCCUA